UAUCUUCUAAUUCCAUACAUUACAUUACACCUUUAGUAUUCCUAUUCCUCUGUGGUGCAACCAAUAAAAGUUGGAGAGAAAGAGAGAGAAAAAAAGCUUUUAAGUUUUCUUUCUAUGCUCUUGGAGUUGCAGUUCUUCUUCUUCUUCUUCCUUGUAGUAGUUUUUGGGUUUUUGCACUCUCUUUUCUUCUCUUGUUAAUCAAAUCUGAUCUUGAAAAAUCACUUCUUCUGCUCUGGGCAGAAAGAGCAAUUCUUUCUUGCACCAAUGAGGAUCAGGAAAAGGAAGAUUCCGUUUCCUCUCUCUUCUCUUUCUCCUGUCCCUCUUUCAGAUCCCCACUUAAGCCGCUCUUCCUCAGACCAACUUCAACUACUUCACAACAACCCACAUCACAAUUUCUCCCCACAAGAUGCUAAAGCUUCCUUCUUUGAUUCUCAGUCGUUCGAUGAACCCAAUUACCCGAUCGGAGGUCUACCCAAUGCUCAAGAUUAUUCUCAUGGUUCUUGGAAGCAAGAGGAAAAGAAGGUUUUGAUGCAAGAUGGGGAGGUGAAAGGGGGAGAAGGAGUAGUGAAGAGUAAUGAUACCAGGGAAAGAAGUUUCUUGGGUGCAAAAACAUCAACUCCUUUUCAUCAAGAUGGGAGAUGGAAAUGGUGCGAGGGAGAGAAAGCAUUUCCGGCGAAAAAGAGAAAAGCAAGCUUUGAAACAAGAUCAAAUGAAGAAACUUUGAUGGAGAAAGGUAAGAAAAUGAAGACCAAGAUGAACAAUGAAUGCAUGCAAAGAUGCAAUGAAGAAAUAGAAGAAGUUGGAGACGAGGAAACCAAAGGUGAUGAUGAUCAGAGAAGUAGUUCUACUGCAAAAAAGAGAGUCAGAAGAGGUGCACUCAUGGAGGGAUCGCGGUGCAGUCGAGUCAAUGGUAGAGGCUGGAGGUGUUGCCAGCAAACUCUCGUCGGCUACUCUCUUUGUGAGCAUCACCUGGGCAAAGGAAGGCUGAGAAGCAUGACAAGCGUUCGAAGCCGAUCCAUGGCUAAAACUUCAACAACUAAGCGAGAAACCCAACCAUUAUUGAGCUCUACAUUGCCAUUACCAAGAGAAGAAGCAAAAGGGAUAUCGUUUGGUGAUAAAGUAAUUGAUUCUGUUAAUGGAGAUGCAGAAGUGAUCAAGAAGCCAUUGAUGACGUCGAAGAAAAAACAGAAGCUUGGUAUGGCGAAAGCUCGAUCAAUAAAUAGCUUGCUGGGCCAAUCAAAAAAUGCAACUGAAGCAUCACAGACUAGGUGAGGAUUUUUCCUUAUUCUUGUGUGAAAAUUUAGAUUGGAGGUUGUACUGCAGCGUUUUUCAACUAUUUGCAACUUCAUUUCUGCUUGACAUUGUAUAAUGAACGUCAGUAAAUAUGGUUGAUUUGCUAUUUU